AUGACUUCAGCACAGAAAACAAACAUCAAUGUCGUCUUCGGAGCCAUGACGUUCGGCAAAGAAGGCUCCGAACAGGCCCGCGUACACGACCUCGACACUGCUGGCAAGGUCCUCGACAUCUUUCAGGCUCAUGGCCACAACGAGAUUGAUACUGCCCGAGCAUACUGCGAGGGCACGUCAGAGACCAUGCUCGGUGAUCUCGAAUGGCAGAAGAGAGGUCUUGUCAUGGAGACCAAGUACUACCCGACCGCUGGAAAGUCCAUCCCGUCAUCAUGGAACAGCAACUUGAGACACACCCCCGAGGACCUCCGCGAGAACCUCAUGACCUCGUUGAAGGAGCUGAAGACGGACAAGAUUGAUAUGUGGUACCUCCACGGUCCCGACAGAACCACCCCAUACGAAGUCACCAUGAAAGCCGUAAACGAUCUGUACAAAGAGGGCCGCUUCAAGAGACUGGGAAUCUCAAACUACAUGGCAUGGGAAGUGGCUCAGAUCUGUGAGCUCUGUCGCAAGAACGACUGGGUCCAGCCAAGUGUCUACCAAGGCGUCUACAACGCUCUUCAUCGAUCAAUCGAGCCAGAGCUACUGCUUUGCCUUCGUUAUUACGGCAUCGCAUUCUACAACUACAAUCCUUUGGCCGGUGGCUACCUCACAGACAGAUACAAGAGGGAGGAUGCUGAGAAAGACAUCGAGAGCGGUUCACGUUUCGACCCCAACAAGUGGCAGGGCAAGAUGUACCGUAUGCGCUACUGGAAGGAAGAGUACUUCAAUGCUCUCGAUCUGCUUCGUCCCGUUGCAAAGAAGCAUGGUCUUACUGAAGCCGAGUGCGCACUCCGCUGGAUGCAGAAUCACAGUCAGCUCCAACGCGAAAAGGGCGAUGCUAUCAUUAUCGGUGCAUCAUCUGCUCAUCAUAUCGAACAGAAUCUGAAGGACAUGGAAAAGGGUCCUCUUCCGGAUGAUGUACUUGAAGCUCUGGACAAGGGCUGGGAGGGCUGCAAGGGUAUCAGCAUCAGAUACUAUCAUUGA